AUGUUUCAAGCCUUGGUUCGGCAAGCUUAUCACCCCCUGCCCAGCCACCAGCCGGGGGAACCCGACGCCAAGUACAAGGGGAAGCUGGUGCACGAAACUCAGCUGAACUGCUUCUACAUCAAACCUGGAGGUUCCAACUAUGGGAGUCCCCGUCCAGCUCAUGCCAACAUGAACGCCAAUGCAGCUGCAGGGCUUGCCCCGGAGCACAUCCCCACGCCGGGGGCAGCUCUGUCCUGGCAGGCUGCCAUCGAUGCUGCCAGGCAAGCCAAGCUGAUGGGCAGCGCCGGCAACGCCACCAUCUCCACGGCCAGCUCCACUCAGAGGAAAAGGCAGCAGUACGGCAAGCAGAAGAAGCAGGGAAGCACCACGGCCACGCGUCCCCCCCGGGCGCUGCUGUGCCUCACGCUGAAGAAUCCCAUCCGCAGGGCGUGCAUCAGCAUCGUCGAAUGGAAACCAUUUGAAAUAAUUAUUUUACUGACUAUUUUUGCCAAUUGUGUGGCCUUAGCUAUCUAUAUCCCCUUUCCAGAAGAUGAUUCCAAUGCCACCAAUUCCAAUCUGGAACGAGUGGAAUAUCUCUUUCUCAUAAUUUUUACAGUGGAAGCAUUUUUAAAAGUAAUAGCAUACGGACUUCUCUUUCACCCCAACGCUUACCUCCGCAAUGGCUGGAAUUUACUAGAUUUUAUAAUUGUGGUAGUAGGGCUUUUUAGUGCAAUUUUAGAACAAGCAACCAAAGCAGAUGGGGGGAAUUCAAUAGGAGGAAAAGGUGCCGGAUUCGACGUUAAAGCACUGCGAGCUUUCCGAGUAUUGCGCCCACUACGGCUGGUGUCUGGAGUUCCUAGUCUCCAGGUGGUUUUAAAUUCAAUUAUCAAGGCCAUGGUCCCUUUGUUGCAUAUUGCCCUGCUGGUGCUGUUUGUCAUUAUUAUCUAUGCCAUCAUUGGACUGGAGUUAUUCAUGGGGAAGAUGCAUAAGACCUGCUACCAUGUGCAAGGGGGACUGAUAGAUACACCUGCAGAAGAUGAUCCCUCGCCGUGUGCCCCCCAGUCUGCCCACGGGCGGCAGUGUCAGAACGGCACCGAGUGCAAGGCGGGCUGGGAGGGACCCAAGCACGGCAUCACCAACUUUGACAACUUUGCUUUUGCCAUGCUCACCGUGUUCCAGUGCAUCACCAUGGAGGGCUGGACAGAUGUGCUCUACUGGGUCAAUGAUGCCAUAGGAAGGGACUGGCCCUGGAUCUAUUUUGUUACACUAAUCAUCAUAGGGUCAUUUUUUGUACUUAACUUGGUUCUCGGUGUACUUAGCGGGGAGUUUUCCAAAGAAAGAGAAAAGGCAAAGGCUCGAGGCGAUUUCCAGAAGCUGCGGGAAAAGCAGCAGCUGGAGGAGGAUCUGAAGGGAUACUUAGACUGGAUAACUCAAGCAGAAGAUAUUGAUCCAGAAAAUGAAGAUGAAGGCAUGGAUGAGGAGAAGCCUCGAAACAUGAGCAUGCCCACGAGCGAGACCGAGUCCGUCAACACCGACAACGUGCCCGGAGCCGACAUGGAGGGCGAGAACUGCGGCGCCAGGCUGGCGCAUCGGAUCUCAAAAUCAAAAUUUAGUCGCUACUGGCGCCGAUGGAAUCGAUUCUGCAGGAGGAAGUGCCGUGCUGCUGUCAAGUCCAAUGUUUUCUACUGGCUGGUGAUCUUCCUCGUGUUCCUCAACACCCUCACCAUUGCCUCUGAGCACUACAACCAGCCAGACUGGCUCACAGAGGUCCAAGACACUGCCAAUAAGGUGCUGCUAGCUCUUUUCACGGCAGAGAUGCUGCUGAAGAUGUACAGCCUCGGCCUCCAGGCCUACUUUGUGUCCCUCUUCAACCGCUUUGACUGCUUCAUUGUGUGUGGAGGCAUCCUGGAAACCAUCCUGGUGGAGACCAAGAUCAUGUCACCGCUGGGCAUUUCGGUUUUGAGAUGUGUCAGGCUCCUGAGAAUAUUCAAAAUCACCAGAUACUGGAACUCCCUGAGCAAUCUCGUGGCUUCACUCCUGAAUUCAGUCCGCUCCAUUGCCUCCCUGCUACUGCUCCUCUUCCUCUUCAUCAUCAUCUUCUCACUGCUGGGCAUGCAGCUCUUUGGGGGCAAGUUUAACUUUGACGAGAUGCAGACGAGGAGGAGCACAUUUGACAACUUCCCUCAGUCCCUCCUGACUGUGUUUCAGAUCCUGACUGGGGAGGACUGGAAUUCGGUGAUGUAUGAUGGGAUCAUGGCUUAUGGCGGCCCCUCUUUUCCAGGAAUGUUGGUCUGUAUUUACUUCAUCAUCCUCUUCAUCUGUGGAAACUAUAUCCUGCUGAAUGUAUUUUUGGCCAUUGCUGUGGACAACCUUGCUGAUGCUGAGAGUUUAACAUCUGCUCAGAAAGAGGAGGAAGAGGAAAAAGAAAGGAAAAAGCUAGCUAGGACUGCUAGUCCCGAAAAGAAGCAGGAGAUGGAAAAAACAGCUGUGGAGGAAGAGACAAAGGAGGAGAAAAUUGAGCUGAAGUCAAUCACUGCUGAUGGGGAGUCCCCACCUGCUACCAAGAUCAACGUGGAUGAUUAUCAGCCCAACGAAAACGAAGAAAAGAGCCCUUAUCCCACAACAGAAGCACCAGCAGAGGAGGAUGAGGAAGAGCCCGAGAUGCCUGUUGGCCCCCGACCUCGCCCGAUGUCCGAGCUGCACCUCAAGGAAAAGGCUGUGCCCAUGCCUGAUGCCAGUGCUUUUUUCAUCUUCAGUCCUAACAACAGGUUUCGUGUCCACUGCCAUCGAAUCGUUAAUGAUAACAUUUUCACCAACCUGAUCCUCUUUUUCAUCUUGCUCAGCAGCAUCUCCCUGGCAGCUGAGGACCCUGUGCGACACCUCUCCUUUAGGAACCAAAUUCUCUUUUAUUUUGAUAUAGUUUUUACUGUCAUUUUCACCAUUGAAAUUGCUCUGAAGAUCCUAGGCAAUGCAGACUAUGUCUUCACUAGUAUCUUUACAUUAGAAAUUAUUCUUAAGAUGACUGCCUACGGGGCUUUCCUCCACAAGGGCUCCUUCUGCAGGAACUAUUUCAACAUCCUGGACCUGCUGGUGGUCAGCGUUUCUCUCAUCUCCUUUGGCAUCCAGUCCAGUGCCAUUAAUGUGGUGAAGAUCCUGCGUGUUCUGCGGGUCCUUAGGCCACUGAGGGCCAUCAACAGAGCCAAAGGACUAAAGCACGUGGUGCAGUGCGUGUUUGUCGCCAUCCGAACCAUCGGGAACAUUGUGAUUGUCACCACUUUGCUGCAGUUCAUGUUUGCCUGCAUUGGAGUUCAGCUGUUCAAGGGCAAGCUGUACAGCUGCACUGACAGCUCCAAGCAGACAGAAGCAGAAUGCAGAGGGUACUACAUCACCUACAAGGACGGGGAGGUCAGCCAGCCCAUGAUACAGCCCCGCAGCUGGGAGAACAGCAAGUUUGACUUUGACAACGUCCUGACUGCCAUGAUGGCCCUGUUCACCGUCUCCACCUUCGAGGGCUGGCCAGAGUUGCUGUAUAGGUCCAUUGAUUCCCACAUGGAGGAUGUGGGACCCAUCUAUAAUCACAGGGUUGAGAUCUCCAUCUUCUUUAUUAUCUACAUCAUCAUCAUUGCUUUCUUCAUGAUGAACAUCUUCGUUGGUUUCGUCAUCGUCACAUUUCAGGAACAAGGAGAACAAGAGUACAAGAACUGUGAGCUGGACAAAAACCAGCGCCAGUGUGUAGAGUAUGCCCUGAAAGCCCGGCCCCUGCGGAGAUACAUCCCCAAAAACCAGUACCAGUACAAGGUUUGGUAUGUGGUCAACUCCACCUAUUUUGAAUACCUGAUGUUCGUUCUGAUCCUGCUGAACACCAUCUGCCUGGCCAUGCAACACUAUGGUCAGAGCUGCAUGUUCAAGGAAGCCAUGAAUAUCCUCAACAUGCUCUUCACUGGGCUCUUCACCGUGGAGAUGGUCCUGAAAUUAAUUGCCUUCAAACCCAAGGGUUACUUUAGUGAUCCUUGGAAUGUUUUUGACUUCCUCAUCGUAAUUGGCAGCAUUAUAGACGUCAUUCUCAGUGAAACUAAUCACUAUUUCUGUGAUGCAUGGAAUACAUUUGACGCCUUGAUUGUUGUGGGUAGCAUUGUUGAUAUAGCAAUCACCGAGGUGAACCCAGCUGAACAUACCCAAUGCUCUUCCUCUAUGAACGCAGAGGAAAACUCUCGCAUCUCCAUCACCUUCUUCCGGCUCUUCCGCGUGAUGCGCCUGGUGAAGCUGCUGAGCCGAGGGGAGGGCAUCCGCACGCUGCUCUGGACCUUCAUCAAGUCCUUCCAGGCUCUCCCCUACGUGGCUCUUUUAAUAGUGAUGCUGUUCUUCAUCUACGCUGUGAUUGGGAUGCAGGUGUUUGGUAAAAUCGCGCUGAACGACACCACAGAAAUCAACCGCAACAAUAACUUCCAGACCUUCCCCCAGGCAGUGCUGCUGCUGUUCAGGUGUGCCACAGGUGAGGCCUGGCAGGAAAUCAUGCUGGCAUGUCUCCCGGACAAGAAGUGUGACCCCGAGUCGGAGCCGGCCAACUCCACGGAGGCCGAUCACUCCUGCGGCAGCAGCUUCGCCGUCUUCUACUUCAUCAGCUUCUACAUGCUCUGUGCCUUCCUGAUCAUCAAUCUUUUUGUAGCUGUUAUAAUGGAUAACUUCGAUUACCUGACACGGGACUGGUCCAUUUUAGGACCACACCACCUGGAUGAGUUUAAAAGGAUCUGGGCAGAGUAUGACCCUGAAGCUAAGGGCCGGAUCAAGCACCUGGACGUGGUGACGCUGCUGCGGCGCAUCCAGCCCCCGCUGGGCUUCGGGAAGCUCUGUCCUCACAGGGUGGCUUGCAAACGCCUUGUCUCCAUGAAUAUGCCACUGAACAGCGAUGGGACUGUCAUGUUCAAUGCCACUCUCUUUGCACUGGUCAGGACAGCCCUGAGGAUCAAGACAGAAGGUAACCUGGAGCAAGCCAACGAAGAGCUGAGAGCAAUAAUUAAGAAAAUCUGGAAGCGCACCAGCAUGAAGCUGCUGGACCAGGUGGUGCCUCCUGCAGGUGAUGACGAGGUGACGGUGGGGAAGUUCUACGCCACUUUCCUGAUCCAGGAAUAUUUCAGGAAGUUCAAGAAGCGCAAAGAGCAGGGGCUGGUGGGGAAGCCCUCCCAGAGGAACGCCCUGUCCUUACAGGCUGGGCUGCGCACGCUCCACGACAUCGGGCCUGAGAUCCGACGGGCCAUUUCUGGAGACCUGACAGCUGAGGAGGAGCUGGACAAGGCCAUGAAAGAAGCAGUUUCUGCUGCCUCUGAAGAUGAUAUCUUCCGGAGAGCUGGAGGCUUGUUUGGAAACCAUGUGAGCUAUUACCAAAGCGAUGGCAGGAGUGGGUUCCCCCAGACAUUCACCACCCAGAGACCUUUGCACAUCAAUAAGUCUGGCAACAACCACGGAGACACCGAGUCUCCAUCCCACGAGAAGCUGGUGGACUCCACCUUCACUCCCAGCAGCUACUCAUCCUCAGGCUCCAAUGCCAACAUCAACAACGCCAACAACACUGCCCUGUGCCGCUUCCCCAGCCCACCCAGCUACCCCAGCACUGUCAGCACGGUGGAAGGACAUGGCACCCCCCUGUCACCCACCAUAUGUGUGCAGGAGGCUCCCUGGAAACUCCCAGCCAAAAGGACACAUUACUACGAGACACUGGCACGCUCCAGUUCCAGAGACAGCCAGCUGGCAAUUGUUUGCCAAGAGGAAGUGUCUCAGGAUGAGACUUAUGAUGAAAAUUUGAAUGAAGACAUUGAGUACUGUAGUGAACCAAGUCUGCUCUCUACUGAAAUGCUGGCAUACCAAGAUGAUGAAAACAGACAACUCACUCUGCCAGAAAGCAGCAAAGGAGAGGACACCCGGCACUCUCCGAAGAAGGGGUUCCUGUGCUCCUCAGCUCUAGGUCGAAGAGCAUCUUUUCACCUAGAGUGUUUGAAAAGACAGAAAAACCAGGGUGUGGAUGUCUCACAAAAGACAGUCCUGCCUUUGCAUCUGGUCCAUCAUCAGGCACUAGCAGUGGCCGGCCUGAGUCCCCUGCUCCAGCGAAGCCAUUCCCCCACCUCGUUUUCUCGGCUGUGCGCUACGCCCCCGGCCACGCCGUGCAACCGGGGCUGGGCACAACAGACCAUCCCCACGCUGCGCCUGGACGGGGCGGAAUCCUCGGAGAAGCUCAACAGCAGCCUGCCGUCGGUGCACUGCGGCUCCCGGUGCCCGGAGAGCGGCGGCAGCCCCCGGAGAGCCCGGCCCGUGUCGCUGACCGUGCCCAGCCCCAGCGCCGGGAGCAGCCGGCAGCUCCACGGCAGCGCCAGCAGCCUGGUGGAAGCGGUCUUGAUUUCGGAAGGACUGAUGCAGUUUGCUCAAGAUCCAAAGUUCAUUGAGGUCACAACCCAGGAGCUCGCAGACGCCUGCGACAUGACGAUAGAAGAGAUGGAAAAUGCAGCAGACAACAUUCUCAAUGGUAACAGCAAGCAGAGCCCCAAUGGCAACCUCUUGCCUUUUGCUAACUGCAGGGACCCAGGGCAGGACAGUGCAGGAGAGGAAGAGGAAGAGGUGCAAAACCCGGAUUGUAGGAUAAGUCAGGAGGAGCUCAAGGACAGCAGGAUUUAUAUCAGCAGCCUGUAGUUGCCAGGGCUGGAAGCGAUGCUGGUUUUUUUAUUUGUUUCAAUGUUCCUAAUGGGUUUGUUUCAGAAGUGCCUCACUGUUCUCGUGACCUGGAGUAACCGGAACAGCGUUCUUCAUUCAUUUCUGUUGGGACGAGUCGCAGAGUUGGGUGGUGUAAGAAAGCUUUUCAGGAGCGGAUAUAACCCCAGCACGUGUCCGUGAAGGAAGAGUGAGGAGGAGGAGGAGAAGAGGAGGAGAGCCAGCUCCCUCUUUUUUUCAGUCCCUGCACAAGGAACGACAGCUGCCUCCGGAGCACCAAGGGGAACCUCAGCUUCCUGCGGAUGGCCCUAGCCAAAAGGACCCUGCACCAAACGGGUGUCUUUCAACCUUGCUUGUAAAAAUCAUUUUGCACAUAUUCUGUAUGAGCCUCACCGUCUCCAUAAAGCCAAGGCCCUUUGAUUGGGAAGGAGAGGAAGACUUCUGCUGCGGAUUCCCGCACGGCCACGGGGAGGAGGAAGCAGGAGAAGCCCGCGGGCGUCGAGGCGCGGCCCAGCCCUGCCGGCCAAUCAGAGCUCGGGCGGUCACUCGCCAGCCAAUCCGAGCUCAGGCAGUCUGCUGCCGGCCAAUCAGAGCCCAGCGCGCCAACCGUGCCAGCCAAUGGGAGAGCAGGCAUGGCGGCACGGCUGAGAGGCCGCCAGGCCUGUGCAGAGUUCUUGUUUCGCAGUUUGGUAUUUUCUUGAAAGCAUGUUGCAGUUUUUAUUUUGAUGCAGUUUU